AUGUUGGAUACAAUCAAUGAGACACAUUGGAUCAUUGAUGUGCUUCUCCUUGGCCGGCGCAAUCUGUUGAUUGUGGAACCGAGACGUUUCCUUAGAGGGGUUUACUCUGAUGCGAUGAAAUGGGAUGACAUGGAGGUUAUCAAGGUCAGUGACGACCCUACACGCCCUCAGAGCAAUAAUGUAGCAGCAUCACUCUUUUGGGAUCCCCUGUUGGACCGAGAGUUCAUCUUCCUGCUUAAGGAUUCUGGCACUCUGGAGAUACUGGACAGUGAAUUAGGAAUCGUUGAUGUUUGUGAGACUGGAAUGGAACAAGAGGCCAGAAGCAGAUUCCUGAUCACGGACCCGACAAGUGGGAAGGUUUUUGUGAAUUUGACAGAUAACGCAAUUUACUCGCUGGACAUCCGCAGAACGAAUGACAGCAUUCGUUUUGUCAAGGAUGGCGGGCCUCCAAGAUGUUUCUAUGAGACUUCUGGUGAGAUUUUGUUCUACGAAGCAGUAUGGCACAUUGAUCUGGAAUCAGGCGGGGACUUUAUUACCAUUGCUGUGCUUGUCGAUACUUAUGUGCAGUCUGGGCUGUCUUUUGAAGUGAUUCGGCAGACGCAGAAAGGCUUGCGAAGCAAGAAAGGCGAAUGGGAAUCUCUCAUUGAACUUACUCGUUUGGUGGACUUGGCAGAUCCUUCGAGCGAUGCUGUGGCUCCCGCGGCUUUGAAGACAGUGCCUAAUGUUGGAUUCUUUCUCUUUGCAUCUAAUUGCACCAUUUUCUUCGACCUACCGCCUGGUUCACGCAAUAGCAUCAGUGGCUCCAAAGUUACCAAUUAUACCUUAUGCAAUGGGCUUCAAUCAGAUGUGUUGAAUGAAGCCCAGCAGAAGACCCUUCGCCUUCAGCGCAAAGUUAUCUUGAAACAAGGCGCUAAGGGAUUGGAGUUUACUGUGUUUACAAACAGUCGAUAUGCUUUCAGCGCCAGGCUGGAUCUAAUUUUCGAGCAUCCGGAAGAGUAUAUAGAUGAAUGGGGUGAGCUAACGGUGGAAUGCGCAGCAAUAUUGCCAGCUGAGGCUGCAGAAGGUUUCAACAAUUCUGUUAUGAAUGUAAUCACAAUUAAUCCUUCCACCGCACUGAUAUGGAGUCGUCGAACGGGUAUCACGUUCAUCAACUUGACGACAAUGUGCCAAAUCCACUCACUGGAAUUUUCACAGCCUUCGUCCUUAUAUGCUGGAACUAUGGGCUAUGAUAUCAGUAGGCUAAUUGCAUGCUGCGGUUUUGACGGAGGUGAGGGCUAUAUCCAGAGUAUAUCUUAUGGUUACAAAAAGCUGCUUUUGCACAAGACAGACAUCAUCACUUUAAAAGAGAACGUUCUUAGCGUAUGGCUGACGAAGGAUGAUUUGUGGUGGAAAACUGAGAGCGGGCUACUUAUGAGUAAGUACACUAUUGCUGAAUCGAAUCCCGAAGUUUCUUACGUCACCUGGAGCGGUCAGAAAUUAAGCACCGUUGAGUCAGUGCUGGUGUCAGUUAACAUUUGGGAUGACGACGAUGGUAACUUCGUUUGGUUGAACGGGGACGGUGUGAUCAACUGGAGUAUGAGCCAUCGAUCAGUAAAAAUAGCGUCCGGUAAAAUACCACUAGAUGCACAAUUACAAUUGGCCUGUAUGAAGAAUCCUAAUGGUUCAUACUUUACAGUAGUUAAUGUCGAAAACAAAAUGACUUUGGUGAGCGAUGAAACCGUAACUACCACGAGAGAUCUGGGAUCCGGCUUGGAGUCUUCUUCGGUAUGCGAUCUUUUCAUCAUCCCUGGCCCCGAGUUGCGACAUAUGUUGAUCGGAACUACCGACGGAAGUAUUAAACUGUUCGAUUUGCAGACUUUUCGAGUUCAAGCGACAUUAAGGGUAGGUUCUAAGAAACUUCGUUUCUGCGGGAUUCCUAAGAGCCGUUUCAUUUUUGCAUAUACCGAGGAAGAUCUCAUACUGGUAGAGAUUGAUCGCAUAGAGGGCUACAAUAUCAGUAAGGUACAUUUUACAUCCACGAUCAAUUUUAUGAGUGCCAGAAAUAUCGGGGAGAUAUACAUUUUUGACAAAAAGGGCUUGAUAUCUUGUUUUGAGAUGCCGAGUACGAUCGACGAGCCUACUGAGAUUAGAGAGUGCUUGAUUGUUCCUUCGGAUUGCCCAACAAAAUUCAUUUCGUUUGGGUGUUCGAAUAGGUUGAUUGUUGCUAGCUCGAUGCGCACUACAUACAAUGCUGCUCAAUGUGCUAAUAGCUAUUCAAGUUGCUUACUGCUUUUUGAUAUUGAAUCUCAGGAACAAUUGUUUUCGUACGACCUCUCGGAUAGGUAUCCUCAGGCAAUAAUCUCGGAUAUAGUAGCAAUACCAUAUGAAGGACCUCAUGUUAAUGGAGCGCCGCUUCGGAAGGAACUUCUUUAUGCAAAGCGAUUAACACUCAGCAGAUGCUUUCUGGUCGCGCUAAAUUUUGAAAACGCAGAAGAUGAUACCCUUGAUAACCUAUUGCUAUUCUCCAUUGAUGAAAAUAAAUGUACCUUAGAUUUUCAUUGCAGUCUGAAGAUUCACUGGGUUAUUACAGCGUUAAGCAACUACCACGCCAACACGUUCGUUGUUUCCGGUGAAUGUUUGCAGAUCUUCACAAUCGAUUACCUUUUACAGGAGAACGCAUUCAGGAUUUCGCAGGCCUCUAAUUCGGUACCUGUCUUUGGCUAUCCCAUAAAAGUCCUGGGCAAGAUUCCUAACAUCAUAUCAUCCACGAUGGAGGAAGGCUCAAAAUCUACAGAGAGAAGUACGACAGCCCUUGUGGUGAACCUGCUCGAGGGAUUACAAGAAUACAGUGUAUCAUCGGGGCAGGUCAGUGCCUUGCACUCCUCCAAUAGGCCUACCACUUAUCAGAUCAAACCUGCUUCCGGGCCACGAAAGAGGGUUCCAUUUUUGCUAAAUUCUACAGAAAGUAACCGGGCCAUUAUCGACUGUGCUUUGGUACUCUAUGAUCAAGUGUUUUGGAUUGCGGUAGCUUAUUCUGACUGCAGUUUAGAAGUUUAUUGCAUUGAAAGCGGCAAAGACGGGAUCCAAUUACUGAAUAGAAUGGCACACAUAAAAUUGGACUGCCAAAUAACUGCUCUUACCACCUUUGGACGGACUAAGCAAGAGAGACCUGCUGGCUCAGAAAAUCUUGACCAUAUGUUCAGUUUGUCAAAACCCAGUGGGGCUCAACUGUUUUGUGUUUCGACAGUUAGAGGUGGCAUUUACACAUUAGAGGAAUCCCGUCUCCGACUUUGGUUGGAUACGCAAGAUGAUAUGUGUUGA